CCUUUUCCCCAUAACCAAGCAAACCCACCAUAACCCAAAAUCCAAAAUUGAGGGAUCUGGGGAUUUUAGGAUUUUUGAUGAUCAAUGGCAGGCGUAUCUCUCAAGUGUGGAGACUGUGGAGCUCUCCUGAAAUCCGUGGAGGAAGCCCAGGAACACGCGGAGCUCACCUCCCACUCCAACUUCUCCGAGUCCACCGAAGCCGUCCUCAACCUCAUCUGCACCAUUUGUUCCAAGCCCUGCAGAUCCAAAACUGAAAGCGAUUUGCAUACAAAAAGAACUGGGCACACUGAAUUUGUAGAUAAGACUUCGGAGGCAGCCAAGCCAAUAUCUUUAGAGGUUCCAAAGGCGACUGAUGAAUCACAGGAGGUUGUGGAUGCAAGUGGUAGCAGCAGCCAGCCCCAAGAAAUGAUUGCGCCAGAGGUUGACAAGAAGCUGCUUGAGGAACUUGAAGCAAUGGGAUUUCCAACGGCACGUGCGACCCGUGCACUUCAUUAUUCUGGUAACACCAGCCUUGAAGCUGCUGUAAACUGGGUAGUUGAACAUGAGAAUGAUUCAGACAUAGAUGAGAUGCCCUUGGUACCUGUCAACACCAAAGUUGAGGCUCCUAAACCAUCUCUUACACCAGAAGAAAUGAAGAUCAAAGCUCAAGAACUAAGGGAGCGAGCUCGCAAGAAAAAAGAAGAGGAAGAGAAAAGAAUGGAAAGAGAGAAAGAAAAGGAGAGAAUUCGAGUGGGCAAAGAACUACUUGAAGCAAAGCGAAUUGAGGAAGAAAAUGAAAGAAAACGUAUAUUGGCCUUGCGAAGAGCAGAGAAAGAGGAAGAGCAAAGAGCUAGGGAAAAAAUUCGUCAGAAAUUGGAGGAAGACAAGGCAGAAAGAAGGCGGAAGCUUGGAUUGCCACCAGAAGAUCCUGCUGCUGUAAAACCUUCUGCUUCUGUUGUGCAGGAGAAAAAGACCUUUUUGCCUGUUAAGCCUGUUACAAAGGUAGAGCAAAUGAGAGAGUGCCUGCGAUCGCUCAAGCAAAAUCACAAGGAUGAGGAUGCCAAAGUGAAAAGAGCAUUCCACACUCUUUUAACUUAUAUAGGGAAUGUUGCCAAGAAUCCCGAUGAAGAGAAAUUCAGAAAAAUUAGACUCACUAACCCGUCUUUUCAGGAGAGAGUAGGUGGACUUAAAGGAGGCAUUGAGUUUCUGGAGCUGUGUGGGUUUGAGAAGAUAGAAGGUGGAGAGUUCUUGUUUCUCCCAAGGGACAAGGUUGAGAUGGCAGUGCUGAAUUCAGCUGGCUCUGAGCUCAACUCUGCAAUAGUGAACCCUUUCUUUGGAGUUCUCUAGUUCAAGUAUACUGCUGGAAGUGAUGGUGUAUCCCCUGAUAAUUAUUGAUCUGGAUAUUUGUUUUCCCCCACCAUUUUAACUCACAAUAGUGUACCUCAGAAACUGAAAGAAAAAGGAACAAAAGAAAAGACAGGAAAAGAGAGGUAGAGGUAGGGGUAGGGGUAGGGGCCUGCCUUUGAACUUAAUGCUUAGUGACCUUGUCACUGGUGGCUGUGGACCUAAAUGCUUUGUGAAUUUUCUUGGGGACUUUGAAAAUCUUUGCAUCAUUUUGUGAAUUCUGGGGAUUUCAAUUCAAGGUUUUAUCUGCACAGAUCUAGUGGAGAAAAGUUAUUGAGAAGACUUUUGUAACUAUUUAUUAUAGGAGCAUCCAUGCAUUCCCUUGAUACAAGUUUAUAUGUUUAUAUGGAAAAUGCUAAGGUAUCGAAGUGGUGCUUACCAA